GCCCAAGGUGAUGAAAGUGGCAAGUCUAUCGUUUGGCUAAUUAAAAUGCCCAUGUGGAUAUUGACCUUGAAGGGUUUGCUACUGUCGAUAAACAUGCUGUAUGGUGUCUUUGUAAUCUUGCAAUUUUUAUUUAUUUCAGAUCACCUUGUACGGUUAGAAUUUUAACACAUCUGCAGCUUGCCCUCUUUCUGGCUCAGGGCUUUGACUCUGUCUCAGUACUCACGCUAAGCAGACUCCAAGCAGAUGCAGUACUCAAGCGAAAAAGAAUAUGGACUUUCACUUUACCCCCAGCAUAGAGCUUUCUGCUGCACUUUCCUUGGGACACACCCUCACAUACUCCAAUAAAUUAAAAAGGGAGCUGACACAAAGAGGAACGUAUAGGAGCACAGUUCAAGCUGCACACUCCAUUCAUUCUCCUUAUUUGGCUCAGUCAGGAACUUCUUCAAUUGGAGAUCAUGAAGGAUUUGCUAGAAGGUGUUUAGAAGACACAACACUCUCCAAAGGUACGUGUAGUAGUGCUAGACUGACAAAACUCCAAUGAGUUUUUCUUCUUCAGCUUGAAGGUUGAAGCCACAAUGGCCUUACAGGAGGUGUGCCACUUCUAUGACAGUGUUCCAUCUUCUUCAGAGCAUAGCCCUGUUGCAUUAGCCCUUGAGGGCUGCUGUGCUGAAUACAGGUCAGCAAAAGUUGGUCACAGCUUACCUGUGUUUUACCUACCAGUGAUGAAAUCACAACCUGUCUGUCAGCCCUGGAAGACCAUUAAUUUGAGCACAAUGCCAAGUUCUACUUCCAGCGUGAAGUCGUUUAUGCUGGCAGAAGAAAGUAAAAGACCCUUUGAUUUAAGUCAUGGCACCACAACCCUCUCCUUCAAGUUCCAAGGUGGUGUAAUUGCAGCUGCUGAUACACGGUCAAGCUGUGCUAAGAAAGUGGAGUGUCCUUCAUCUCAGAAGAUCAUCCCCAUCCAUAGCCACCUGGUAGGAACAACCUCUGGAACAUCAGCAGACUGCACGUUAUGGAAACGCAUUCUGUCUUAUAAAUGCCGCCUGUACCAGCUCCAGAAUAAAAGGACUCUAACAGUCAGAGGAACAGCCAAACUACUGUCUGGAGCACUAUUCCCCUUCAAGGGUACAGAGCUCUGUGUGGCAGCAACAUUGUGUGGCUGGGAUCACACUGGUCCGGCCUUGUACUAUGUCUACAGUGAUGGCACUUGCCUGGAGGGAGAUCUCUUUUCUGUGGGCUCUGGUUCACCAUAUGCCUACUCGAUCCUGGACCGUGAGUACCAUUUUGAUAUGUCAGUGGAUGAAGCAUACUGCCUGGCACGGCGUGCUGUCUACCACGCCACACACCGGGAUGCCUACUCUGGAGGAAAUGUAGACUUGUACCAUGUCACCAAAGAAGGCUGGCGCAAAAUAGGCAGGGAGAAUCUGUUUCCUGUAUAUUAUGAAAAGAAGGAGGCCCAGUUACAUGGGAGUGGAGAGGUACCUGGCUUCUGAAGCCAUGUGGUUUUGCUGUUAUUGAAAUAAAAAAUACAAGAUGAACAUUACAGGACCCCAUAACAAUGGAGGUAAUCCUUCCAUUUUUUUAAUAUUAUUUAUGGAAUGCAAAUAUUCGAUUUCUGCCCAGAAAAUGAAAAUUAAUAUUCUGCUAAUGAGGAUCCUUGCCUGAUUCUUUGGGACCCAUUAUUUCUAAUCU